UGCUCGCAGGUGGCCAUCAAAUGCGUGCCGCGGGAUCGCAUCCAGCACUGGGGCGAGCUGCCCGACGGCGCCCGUGCGCCCCUGGAAGUCGUGCUGCUGCACAAGGUGUCCUCUGGAUGCGCUGGUGUCAUUCAGCUCCUGGAGUGGGUUGAGCUCCCCGACAGCUUCUUGUUGGUGCUGGAGCGUCCAGAGCGGAGCCAGGACCUCUCGGGUUUCCUGGCGGAGCGGAGGUUCCUGCCGGAGGAGGAGGCGCGGGGGCUGUUCCGCCAGGUGCUGGAGGCCGUGCGGCACUGCACCAGCUGCGGGGUCCUGCACCGCGACAUCAAGCCCGAGAACAUCCUGCUCGACCUGGCCACCGGGCAGCUCAAACUCAUCGACUUUGGCUGUGGCGCCUUCCUCCAAGACACAGCCUACACCCAGUUUGCAGGAACCCUGGCCUACAGCCCACCAGAGUGGAUCCACCACCAACGCUACCACGGCGAGGCAGCCACGAUCUGGUCCCUGGGCCUCCUGCUGUACCACCUGGUGAUGGGGAAGCACCCGUUCAGGAGGGGCCAGCAGAUCAUCUGGGGGCGGAUCUUGUUCCCACGAUGGCUCUCUCAAGAGUGCCAAGAUGUUAUUAAGAGGUGUUUGUCCAUGCAACCCUUGGACAGGCCAUCCUUGGAAGACCUCUUCCAUGAUCCUUGGCUGCAGGGUGUUCAUCUGCCCUAGAAGAUGGGAGAGGUCCAUGUGCACAACUGGAUCCAAAAACCUGGCAGGUAACAGCUCCACACAUCUCAUGGCAACCAGUGGCAAAGAAAACCAGCCUGGUUUUGUCCUGCCUGUAGCUCUGAGCAGGGAUCAUCAUCAGGGAACACCUGUGCUGGAGCUUAGCUGCUGGAGACCUGGUCUAGCCAGCACUGGUGGCCACCAUCCAGCCUGGGUUUGCUUGUCCUGGUUCAUGGAUGGCUGGGCCCCUGGGCAGAACACGGACAGCCUGGUGUGGCCCCCAGGGAAGGAG